AUGAGUGCUCAGCGCAACCCCAAGGACUCGAUGAAGUCCACCUGGCGGCAACAGGCCCGCUCAGAGUGGACGCUUUUCCACUGGUUUUACGAGCUGCUCGGCAUCCAUCCGGAGCAUCUCGACAAGCAGGUGCCAACGCACCUGAAGGAGGAUGCGGUGCCCUAUGUCCCAGACUGGUCGAUGCACCGCUGGGUCCUCAUGCAUGCCGCCGUUCCGCUUCUCCUCCACCACGCCUACGUCCAGUUCACCGGCCACAACUUUGGCAUGCUGGGCGCAUUCAUUCUUUACAGCAUCAGCUUCAAGGCCAUCGCCAUCCACGAACUCCACGUACUCCGUCGUCUCGGUCACAUCCAUGGAUUCCUCGAUGGUGACAAGCAUGCCCGUGAUGGUGUUCCCGAUAUAGGGGUCGCCAAGGUUGUUCGCUCGUUAUUGUCUACUUCGACCUUCCGCCCUAUGUUCACCGUCAUGCUGGCCUACCGCACUAGCCAGGCCCCUGCCGACAUGAGCUUCGCCUGGCUGCCAAUUGAGGCUGGCCUCUACGGCAUCAUCCUGGACUUCUGGUUCUACUGGUACCAUCGUCUGAUGCAUGAUGUCGGCAGCCUCUGGCAGUACCACCGCACCCACCACCUCACCAAGCACCCGAACCCGCUCCUGACCCUGUACGCCGAUUUGGAACAGGAGUUCUUCGAUAUCGCCGGUAUCCCACUGAUGACCUACUUCACUAUGAAGUUCAUGGGCAUGCCGAUGGGUUUCUAUGAGUGGUGGAUCUGCCACCAGUACGUCGUCUUCGCCGAGCUGGCCGGCCACAGCGGCCUGCGUGUCCACGCCACCCCACCUUCCACCUUCAGCUGGGCUCUUCGCUACUUUAAUGCCGAGCUCGUCAUUGAAGACCAUGAUUUGCACCACCGCAAGGGCUGGAAGAAGAGCUACAACUACGGCAAGCAGACCCGUCUUUGGGACCGAAUCUUCGGUACUUGCUGUGACCGCAUCGAAUCUGUGCCUAAUAACGUCGACUACGUCAACCAGUCGCCAAUGCCACUAUACUGA